CAGAUAUUGUUGAUGGUCAUGUCUGUAUAUGUGAGACACAGCACAGCUGCAAGUCUUCUGAACAAGGAGGGCAACCCUGUCUUCAACCGAGUGUUUAGUUGGACCAUGUUAGGUUGUACCUUCCUGCUGCCCCUGUUGAGUCUGCGCCUGCUGUAUCCCAGACUCCUCAGCAUCACCCUGGCCCUCAUGACCCUGUACCUGCUGCUGUCCACAGCUCAUGAGGCCCUGUUCUGUCUGACCUUGGGUUUCACCAUGUUCUUCUGGCUGCAAAUGGAACAUGGACUGUCAAACUAUAGUCACAGAAAGCUGGAAGACAUUUCAUUCACAGUAGUGCUGCCAGACAGCAACAGAAAGCAGAUGACAGCAGACAACAUUCGCCAUGCCUAUUUCUUUGUAUUUUUCAUAAUCACAGCAUUCUUUGGCACAGGGAAUAUAGCAAGUAUUAACAGUUUUGACCCUCAGUCCAUAUACUGCUUUCUCACAGUCUUCAACCCAUUUGUUAUGGGGUCACUGCUGCUGUUAAAGAUCAUGGUUCCAUUCUUGAUGGUGACCUGUGCAUUCAGGGCAGUAGAUGUGGUGGUACAGGUACCAACAAGAAGCCUUUUCCUGACAGUCUUGUUGAUGUCUGACCUUAUGGGACUGCACUUCUUCUUUCUGGUGCAGGACACAGGCAGUUGGCUGGAGAUUGGCACAAGCAUCAGCCACUACGUAACAGUGAUGUCCACAACCAUUGCCAUCAUGCUGCUCUUUGGUGUGGCUCGCUUCCUGACUGGGACAGCCAUCAUCAGUCAACAGGAGGAUAAAACUCAUGCCCAGUAAUAUUUAUACAGUGUCAUGAUAUGGAAUGAAAAUAUGAAGGUUCUAAUAACAACCCAUUGUGGCCCUACGAUGUCAA